CAGAUGGAUCCUGUGGCCAACAGCUGCAUGAGGAGCCCCCCUCCCCCGGCCCCUGCCUGGGGCUGCCUUCGAAACUCCCACUCUGAAGGCAGUGGGACCUUGGGGCUCCCCCACUACCCGCCAACUCCAUUCUCCUUCCACCAGAAACCAGACUUCCCGGCAACAGCGACAUCAGUGUACCCUGACUUCUCAGCCUCCUGCCUGGCAGCCACCCCGCACAGCUUGCCCCGGGAGGACCGCAUCUUCACUGAGCAGCACCCCGCCUUCCCACAGCACCCUGACUGGCACUUCCCUGUCUCAGAGGCCCUGCGCAGGCUCAAUCCAGGCCCAGCCGGGGGCUCCCGGGAGAUGGGGACCAGCAGCCCAGGUCUGAUGGACACCCUAGGAGGUCCAUGCGAGGACUAUGGGGUUCUUGGGAGCACUGCCAAUGAGCCGGAGAAGAAGUCAAGCAGACGGAAAAAGGAGAGUUCAGACAGCCAGGAGAACCGAGGGAGAGCUGAAGGAGGCAACAAGGCCCGCAAAGAGAGGACGGCCUUCACCAAGGAGCAGCUGCGCGAGCUGGAGGCCGAGUUCGCGCACCACAACUACCUGACGCGGCUGCGGAGAUACGAGAUCGCCGUGAACCUGGACCUCUCAGAGCGGCAGGUCAAAGUGUGGUUCCAGAACCGGAGGAUGAAGUGGAAGCGUGUAAAGGGGGGUCAGCCCAUCUCUCCGCAUGGCCAGGACCCUGAGGAUGGGGACUCUGCAGCCUCUCCAAGUUCAGAGUGAGAAGCAUCAUAGAGACAAAAAGACUGAGGACUGAACCUUCUACCCA